AUGGUUCAACGCCAUGGGGACGAGCCAUCCCUAGUCACAGAACGAGAGCCUCAUUUGAGUGACACUGCGCAGCCCAGCUCCGACUACCUCUAUCACGCCUGUCGCAUUACUCCUGAGGAAGGCAUCUACAAUCGGUUUAUCAAGCCAGUUCCCGAGGAAGACGAGGAACAGAGUCUAGGAAGCGACAAAACCGAGUCGUUGAAGCAAAGCGCCCAUGUGAAUGUCAUCAAGAUCAUAUCUGUCAUGCUGCUAGGCAUCUUCGUCGCACAGACAGAUACGUCCAUUCUCAUGGCAACACAUGCAAUUAUUGCGUCCGAGUUCAACGCUUUGAAGGACUCUAGCUGGCUCAUUAUCAGUUUCUCUCUAGCUGGGGCGGCCACGCAGACUAUGUACGGCAAGUUAAGUGACAUCUAUUGGCGCAAGAGGAUGGUGAUAAUCGCGUAUACCAUGUUCAUGGCUGGCUGUGCAAUUGUCGGUGUUGGCCAGACAAUGUCGCAGGUUGUCUUGGGCCGAAUUGUAUCCGGUGCUGGAGCCUCUGGCAUGUCCGCACUCGUGUCCGUUCUCAUCACAGAUCUGCUUCCUCUCCGAGAAGUUGCUCAGUGGAGAGCGUAUGUCAACCUCGUAGCUACCCUUGGCCGAAGCAUUGGCGGACCUUUAGGAGGUUGGCUGGCAGAUGUCGUCGGAUGGCGAUGGUCGUUCCGCGGUCAAGUGCCACUCAUAACCCUCGCCAUCAUUCUCUGCUCAGCAUAUUUACCCAGCUACACCAGCACGCUAGACGAGACAGAUGACGCCACCCAGUUGAAGAAGAGCAAGUUCAGCCGUAUCGACUUCAAGGGUUCGUUCAUCUUCGCUGCCCUUGUGCUGGCCCUGCUUCUCCCCAUCGAGCUCGGCGGCGUCAAGAUUCCCUGGUCCCACCCGCUCAUUUUCGUCUUUCUCGGUGCCAGCGUCAUCCUUCUCGUCUCGUUCAUUGCAGUAGAAAGGCGACAGGCCGAGCCAAUCCUGCCGCUGGAGAUUUUCCACAGCAAAGACGCCAUCCUUUCAUUCUUGAUCCUGGGACUCCAAACCGCCGCCCAGCUGGGACUCAUGUUCACUGUCCCCCUCUACUUCCAAGUGACAUCCACGCCGCGGCCGUCCGCCACCGUCGCGGGCGCGCACCUCGUCCCUGCCGUUAUGGGCAACGCUAUCGGCGGCAUCAUCUCUGGUUCCGCUAUCAAGCGCUCAGGACGGUACAAGUCCCUCGUCAUCUGGGCCGUGACCUGCUCCUCCACCGGCUAUCUUCUCCUAAUGCUGAGGUGGCACGGCAACACCAAGUCUUGGUUCGAAUCGCUGUACAUCUUCCCCGGAGGCUUUGGCAUGGGGGUCACGAGCAGCGCGCUGUUCAUCUCGCUUCAGGUGGUCAUUGACCCGGCCCACAUGGCGCCUGCUGUGUCGUUCAUGUAUCUGAUGCAAACGGUAUGGAUGACGAUUGGGUUACCGGCUGCGAACACGAUUAUGCAGACCGUGCUUCGAAGAAACCUUGAGAUUCGGCUGUUGAAGCUAGGAUAUGACAAAGUUGAGGUAGCCAAGGUCAUAUCGAAGGCUGUUUCUGAUGUUGACUUUAUCGACGGCGCAAUCGAUAAGGUCAGGGAUGCUGUUGUCCAGUCGUAUAUUGACGGUCUAUGGUGGAGUCACGGGUUCUCGUUUGCCUGCUCGGUCACUGCACUUGUGCUGGCUGUCUUCCUCAAGCAGAGGAGGCUCGACGUGCACAAGUCUAACCCCUGAUGAACAUUCUUGCUGGGCGAACACUGCUGCUGAAGGUUGGGAAUAUCCGGCCGUUGAACAACUUCAGCCCAUAUUAAGUUUCCGGGAGAAGCACACGGAUUUUCCUUGGGGCUGCUCCGUACAAGUUCACCAGUGUGGCUCGUGUGUCUCAAAUAAAUCCACUGAGUAAGAAACUCCGCAAUGCGUGAAAUAUGUCCUAGAAUGAUG